AUGUCUGCCGAGAAGGAGACUACCCCCGCAGCUCCUGCUGCCCCUGCUUCUUCCGAAGUAGCUACCAACGGCAAGACUUCAGAGAUUGCCGCCGACUCCAAGUUGGAGGAUGGAGAUGAGGAAGCCGAGCAAGCUGGCGAAGCUCUGUUUCCCUUGACUGUUAUCCUUCCUAAUGAGCCGCAUAAGAUUAACAUGGUGGCCUCGCCGCAAGAGCAAGUCCAUGAGUUGCGCCAGUCCAUCAUCGAGCUGCCCGCCGCUUUCCAAUAUUCCUGUUUCCACCUCGAAUUCAACGGCGAACGCAUAAACGAUUUUGUCCAGAUAUCCGACGUGAAGGGACUCGGCGCAGAUGCAGAGAUAAAGCUAGUAGAGGACCCCUAUACUGAGAAGGAGGCUCGUAUCCAUCUCAUCCGGGUUCGGGACCUGAUCGGCGCCGCCGGCGACAGGACCGACACGCUACAUGGUGUUACCCCCGGCGUCUCGCUGUUCGAUGCCGUUACUGCGGAUGCCAAGGAUAUUGAUAAUGUCCAGGCCGGCACUUACGAGUUUGCCGCUCCUGCGCAGGCUACUACACUCCUGCCAAAAGAGGAAGAACCUGCCCCCAAGACUGUCAAAUCCGUAGCCUUAUCGGCAUGGAACCCUCCACCAUACCACCUGCGACAAAAGGGCCACCUGCUGUACCUUGUUGUUUCGACCAACGAGGGCGAGCAGUACCAAAUCACAUCUCACGUUGGAGGUUUCUACGUGAACAAGUCUUCAAACGCCAAAUUUGACCCCUCGCCAAAAUCCGCUCCCAAGGCCCACUCGGCCCACUCCCUUCUGACACUGGUUGAGGACAUCUCACCAUCCUUUUCCGAGUCUUUCCAGCAGCUCAUCGAGUACAGCAGCAAGAGAGAUCCUCUAGCAACAUUCCAGUUGACGAAUGCGAUUCCCGCUGCGCCGUGGCUGGUCCCGAGCACAUCUUCGACCACAAUCCAGCAUAGCGCAGAUAUCACACGGUCGCAGGAAGGAUAUCUGAUUGCCGGCAUUGACAACACCGACAGUCUCCGAGACUGGAACGAGGAGUUCCAAUCGGCACGCGAGCUGCCCAAGGAGACCGUUCAGGACAGAGUUUUUAGAGAAAGAUUCAUUUCUAAGCUGUUCGCCGACUAUACUGAUGCGGCGGCAAAGGGCUCUAUCUUGGUUGCCCGUGGUGAGGUAACUCCUCUCAACCCGACCGAGGGACGAGAUGCUCAAAUUUUUGUCUACAACAACAUCUUCUUCUCUUAUGGCGCCGACGGUGUCGGUACUUUCACGACUGAAGGUGGAGACGACGCCGCCAGAGUCGCUACGGGCAAGGAUGUAGCGGGUGUCAGGAUUGUCAACCAGCUCGAUAUCGAUGGUCUGUACAGCCCUGCCACCGUUGUUGUGGACUACCUCGGAAAGCGCAUUGUUGGCCAAAGCAUUGUGCCAGGUAUUUUCAAGCAGCGCGAGCCUGGCGAGCACUCGAUCGACUAUGGUGCGGUUGAGGGCAAAGAAAUCGUUGCUGCAGAUGAGAGGUUCGUCGGUACUUUCGAGAAAUUGUCACGAUCACUCCGCGGUAAGAAGCACGCUGUCUGGGACAAGGACGGCAAGCGCUUCGAGCUCGAGGCCAGCGUCGAGACCAAGGGCUUGAUGGGUACUGAUGGCCGCAAGUAUGUCCUAGAUCUGUACCGCAUUACCCCUCUGGACAUCUCCUGGCAGGAAGAAGUAGGUAACGCUGGCGAGAAGAGCGAGUCAGACUACCCGCACCGAAUGUCAGUUCUGCGACCAGAGCUUGUUGAGGCAUUGAGGACCUCGAAGUGGACAGAAUGGGUCAAUGCCGAGCUUGCCAAGCGCCAAAAGAAAAUUGCUGAGAAGUCAGAGUCCAAGGACGAGAAAUCCGAGGAGAAGUCGGACGAGAAGACUGAGGAGUCAGAGGACAAGCCUCAAGAGUCCGAGGACAAACCUGAAGAGGAGUCCGAGAAUGCUGAGGACAAAAAAGAAGAAGUCACCGAGGAGGAGGCAAAUGACCGCCUAGACACCUCUGGCUUCUCCUUUUCUCUCAAUGCAGAUGCUUUCAGCGGUCAAAUCCCCCAGACUGAUGCUGAAAAGGAGGAGUGGGUAGCAGACGAGCAGGAGGUGCGAGACGCUUGCACUUUCUUGCGCAACAAUAUCAUUCCAGAGUUUGUCAACGACAUCAAGAACUCAGAGCUGCCUUUCCCCAUCGAUGGCAUUUCUCUGACUCGCAUUAUGCACAAGCGUGGUAUCAAUAUCCGCUACCUCACUAAGGUCAUUGCAGCUUGCGAGGGUCCUAGGUUAGAGCGCCUCGCUGCGCUUUGUCAACAAGAGAUCGUCGCCAGAGCGUUCAAGCAUGUCGCUGGCAAGUACCUUCGUUACUUGCCUAUGCCGCUCACCUCUGCCUGCAUUGCUCAUCUCCUCAACUGCUUCAUUGGUCAUGGCUACAACUCAAAGCCCACCGCUGAUAUUGAUGAAUCGCUCAAGGCGCUUUACCCCGAGGCGGAUCUGGCUUUCGCAGAACUCACUCCGGAAAGCUUGCGCAAGGAGCUCGAGGGUGAAGCCGCGCGACGAUUCAGAUUUACUUUGGAAUCGGAUUGGCAUACUCAGCUCAAGCCUCUCCAGGUCCUCCGUGAAGUCUCAUUGAAGCUUGGUUUCCAGUUGCAACACAAGAACUUCCAUUUCACUUCGGACGGUGCCAAAGCUGAGCCUGCCCAGUUGGCUACCAACGGUGCCACCAACGGCGCCAACGGUCAUGCCAAUGGCGAGAGCAAGAACAAGAAGAAGAACAAGAAAACAAGAGAUGGGUCUCCCGCAUCUGUGGCACCGACUCCUAGUGUUCCGCUCACCUUUGUUGCCGAUGAUGUUCUAAACAUUGUCCCUAUCGUUAAGGAUUCCGCUCCCAGAAGUGUCAUUUCUGAGGAGGCCCUGGAGGGUGGACGUCACUCACUGAUGCAAAACAACAAGAGAAUUGGCAUGGAGCUUUUGCUCGAGUCCCUCACUCUGCACGAGCAGAUUUACGGUAUCAUCCACCCUGAAGUUGCCCGAGCUUAUGCUACCUUGGCCCAAAUUUACUGGCAGCUGGAGGAGAAGGAAGCAGCUGUCGACCUGGCGCGCAAGGCUGUCAUCGUUUCUGAAAGAACUCUUGGUGUUGACAAUGCUGAGACUUUGCUGGCUUACCUCAACCUGAGUCUGUUCCUGCACGGCUCCGGCGACAGCAAAUCGGCGUUGACAUACGUCAAGCAUGGUCUUGAUCUUUGGAAGGUUAUCUACGGCGAGGACCAUCCUGACUCUAUCACCACCUUGAACAACGCCGCUGUUAUGCUGCAGAGCUUGCAGGCAUACCACGAGUCCCGCAUUUGGUUCGAGCAGUCGCUUGCUGUCUGCGAGCGCAUCAUGGGGGAGAAGUCGCUUAGCUCUGCCAGCCUGUUGUUCCAGCUCGCUCAAGCAUUGGCUCUCGACAACGAGCCCAAGACUGCUCUGACAAAGAUGCGUGAUUGUUACAACAUCUUCAAGGAGACUCUCGGCCCUGAGAACCAAAAUACCAAGGAGGCCGAGACAUGGCUCGAGACAUUGACUCAAAACGCUGUCGCACUCGCCAAGCGCGACAAGGACCAGCAAGCCAAGAGACUUCGCGCGGGCAUAAAAUUUACCCCUCGCAGCGUUGCUUCCGGCAGCGUCGGCAGUAACGUUCAGGCUCAAGCCAUUCAGAAAGGGAAGACCGGAAAGAAGCCUUCCAUCGAUUCCAGAAGCAUCGAUGAGCUCAUCAAGUUUAUUGAAGGCGAUGACUCGCAGAAGAAGAGCACGAAGAAAAACCAGUCUGGUGGUCCCAAGAUGCGACGAGUGAGCGUUGCCAAGAACUGA